AUGUCAGUCGCGCUUCGUCCUGUCCUGCGACCCAACUCACUACCGAGUCUUCCUUCGGCCACACCCUCCACAACCUAUAUCUGUCAAGCAUGUCGGCACGCACGACUCAUAAAGCGACCGAAGCGGCCGUAUACAUUCACCCAACUAGUUACGCUCUCUGACGGGAGUGCUUUCACCAUGCGAACUACCUCGCCUAUACCGGUGUACCGAUCGACUCGAGACACCAGAAAUUCUCCCUUGUGGAAUCCCACGUCGAAGGAGCUCUUAAACGUUGAAGAUGACGAGUCAGGGAGGUUGGCAAGCUUUCGAGCCCGAUUCGGCACCAGCUUUGACAGUGCAAAGACGACGAAAAAGGCUGAGCAGGAUGUUGAGACCACUCCCACACCCUCCUCUCCCUCACCAGAGAGCAAAGCAGCCCCUGCAAGGGAACCGGCUUUUGAGGAGGAGCAAAACAUGUUUGCAGAGGAUGACAUCAAUCUAUUGGACUUUGUCAGUUCAUUUGGUCAAGAAAACACACCACAGAAUGGGCAGACGCAGCCGAAAAAGAGUGGGAAGAAGUAG